AUGAAUUCUAUAGGACAAACUACACAACUACCUAAUUAUUCUUGUAGUGAAAAUAAUGCUUCUAUUCAGUUUACAUUAUCUUCAUCAGCUCAUUCAGCUUCGAAUCCAACAUCAAAUUGUGCAUUACAACAAUGUAAUACAAGUUUGAAUGAUAAUAAUAAUUGUCUUUCAUCAUCCACACCUUGUUAUGAUUAUCGAACAAUAAAUAAUAUUAGUUAUUGUGCACCUGGUAUUUUAUGUUCAAUAUUAGAAACAUGUGAUAAUGUUACACAAGCAUGUUCAUCAAAUAAUUCAGUGUGCGUUAUUAAUUCAUGUUGUUCACCACAAGCAGUAUGUUUACCAUUCUUUGCAACACAAAUGUGUAAAACAGGAUGGUUUCCUACUGGCACUAUGGGUGAUACACGAUAUGGCCACACAGAAUCUGUAUUAUCAAAUGGAAAAAUAUUAGUUACUGGUGGAAUGAAUAUUAUUGUUGGUUUUUUAAAUAGUGCUGAGCUAUAUGAUCUAUCAACAGGUACUUGGACAACUACUGGUAACAUGACUAAUGCACGAUAUUAUCAUACAGCAUCUGUAUUAUCAAAUGGGAAGGUAUUAGUUACUGGUGGAGUUGGUAAUAGUGGUACUUUAAAUAGUGCUGAACUUUAUGAUCCAUCAACAGGUACUUGGAUAAGUGCCAGUAACAUGACUAAUGCACGAUAUGCUCACACAGCAUCUGUAUUAUCAAAUGGAAAGGUAUUAGUUACUGGUAGAACCGAUAGCAAUAAUACUUUUAAUAGUGCUGAGUUAUAUGAUCCAUCAACAGGUAUUUGGACAACUACUAGUAAUAUGACUAAUGUACGACAACUCCACACAGCAUCUGUAUUAUCAAAUGGAAAGGUAUUAGUUACUGGUGGAAAUGGCAUCGGUAAUAUUAUUUUAAAUAGUGCCGAACUGUAUGAUCCAUCAACAGGUACUUGGACAACUACAGGUAACAUGAAUGAUGCACGAUCUGAUCACACAGCAUCUGUAUUAUCAAAUGGAAAGGUAUUAGUUACUGGUGGAAAUGGCAUUACUAAUAUUAUUUUAAAUAGUGCCGAACUGUAUGAUCCAUCAACAAGUGUUUGGACAACUACUAGUAACAUGACUAAUGCACGAUUUGUUCACACAGCAUCUGUAUUAUUAAACGGAAAAGUGUUAGUUACCGGUGGUGAAAGCAAUGGUUCUAAUAAUUAUUUAAAUAGUGCUGAGCUAUAUGAUCCAUUAAUAAGUACCUGGACAACUACUAGUAACAUGACAAAUGCACGAGUUUGGCACACAGCGUCAGUAUUAUCAAAUGGACUAGUGCUAGUUACCGGUGGACUUGAUAAUAACGUUAUUUACAGUAGUGCAGAAUUAUAUUAA